UGAACUUUUCCCUUUUAAUCACGUACAUACCAGGAAACAGUUCUUUUAUUUGGCAGAUUGUGCUCCGCUCUACACGCAAAUAAAAUGGAAGCAGCCUUUUACCUCUUCUUACUUGGAGCCAUCACAGGUUUCACAGAAGCAGCUGGAAUUUUACCAGAUGGUCCUUUGAAUGCACCUGUGGGAGGAUCUGUGAUGUUCACAACAUCUCUGACUGAAGCAGAUGGACCAUUUCUUGGAGUGACUUGGAGUUUUAAUACCACAUUUUUCAUAAUCAGCUACCAAUCAGGUUCAAGCUUAAUUCCUCCAGCCUAUCAGGACAGGAUCACCUUUUUUCCAUCUACAGCAUCUCUGGAGCUCAAAUAUCUGACCCUGGAUGAUGGAGGAGAGUACAGUGUUACUGUUUUUCCAGAUAGAGGAGGAAGAAUCAAGCUGGACAUUUAUGUUCCAAUCUUCUCUGUAACAGUAACUCCUCAGAGUUCAGACUUGGUUGAGUUCAGCUCUUUCAGUCUGACCUGCUCCUCCUCUGGUUCCUCGCUGUCCUUCAUCUGGAUGAACAGCAGCUCUGAGGUUACAUCCAGUGACAGAGUUCAGAUCACUGAUGGAGGCUCCACUCUGACUGUAGUCGAUGUGACUCGCUAUGAUGAACAAUCAUACAGGUGUCGAGUGUUUAAUCCUGUCAGUGAAGGCAUCAGUGAUCCAGUCAACAUCUUAGUCAGCUAUGGUCCAGAAAAUACCAAAAUGUCAGCGUCUCCAUCACAAGAGUUCUAUGAGGAAGGGUCAGACAUCAGUCUGAGCUGCUCGGCUGAUUCUAGACCUUCUGCCCAGUUUACAUGGUUUGUGAAUGGGACUAAACUUCCUGAUUCUGGACCAGAACUCACACUGAGGAACAUACAGUUCAGUCAGAGAGGAGAUUACAGCUGUCAGGCCUUCAACAGCAGAACGCUGACAAAUGAAACAUCUCCAUCUGUAUCAAUCUCCGUUCUACAAAAAAUCUCUGGAGUUUCCAUCAAAGCAUCAACAGAACAGUUCAUUGAGGGGAGCUCUGUCACCUUAACCUGUGAGGCCUCUGGAUCCUCACCCAGCAGAACAUGGAAGAAGGACGGAUCAGAUCUGAACUUGUCUGAAGACGUGACACUUUCUGAAGACAACACAGUCUUAACUUUUAAAGCUGUGAAGAAGGAGAACAGUGGAGAAUAUGUCUGUCUGGUCAGCAAUCCUGUCAGCAGUUCUGAAGCCAAGUUCACCAUUGUUGUUAACUAUGGACCAGCAAAUGUUCAGAUUGAAGGUAAAGAUCUGAUAAAUGAAAACGAUCAGAUCAAGUUGAUCUGUUCUGCUGAGUCCACUCCAUCUGCUACAUUCACCUGGAGACUGAAUGGAUCAGAGAUCACUGGAAGUUCUGCUGAGUUCCUCAAAGAAAAGGCACAAAGUUCUGACAGUGGAACCUACACUUGUGAAGCAAAGAAUAUUAUUACUGAGAAACAAUCAACAGCUGAACAUGAACUCCAUGUUCAACCAGGUGAAAAAAUGUCUUCAGGUACUGAUGAGGGUAAAUAAAUAGAGGAUUUUUGGUUGAUUUCAAACUAUGUUCUUAAUUCAAUAAAACAUGUUUUAAUCUUUUUUAUUUUACAAAAAUACAGCUUUUGGAACAUUGUUCAUUGUAAGGUGAAAUUGUUUACCAAGAAAUGUGUGAUUUAAAUAAAUCCAAAUGCUGUAAUAUUUGCCAAUGAACCACACAUACACAUUCAAAAUGUAAAAAAAUUGCUAAAAUUUUUAUUCAAUGUUUUAAUUCAGUUUAAAAAGAAACAAAGUGAACAUUCUGGGAACUCUGGGACUCUUAUCAUUAAACACAGAUACAUAAAUUGUAAAACCUUAUUAAUUUCAAAUGCUUGUCGUAAAUAUUGCUAAUUUUUUCUUUUGUGCUUUUUUGAACUCUAUCAUCUUGUAAAAUAUCCUUUCAUCAUCACCAGACUAAGCAAAAAAAAAAA